CCGUAGCUUGUGAUAGAAGUAUAACAUUUUUCCUUCGUACAAAUUGUUGUAGUAACAACUAGCAAGUAUCUAUAUGUCCUAGUGCCUAUAAAUGGGAUUGUGGAGCGUUCGUAGUGUUCCGUCCAUUAACUUUUGAAAUUUGUGCCCUUAUAUAGUAAUAGAAUCUUGAAACACGUAAAAAUGGUUAUGUAGCACGAAUACAAAUGUAGCUUAAUAAUAUCACUAUGGUUAAUAACAAAGUAGCUAUGAAUAAAACAAUUGUGCAUAUCAACGUAAUGUUAAUUUGACGUAUUUUUUUAAAAAAAAAUUUUAACAAUGUUACUUUGUGAAACGAACUACGAACGAUAUUGUUUGUAGUUGAAUAAUAAUCUAAAUCUUCAAGUGUCGUUCAUACGAAUUAUUUUUAAAACAUGAUUCCAGGAGCUGUGUGUAAAGCAUUAACACUUUUGUUCGGUGUAAUGUACCCUGCUUAUGCAUCAUACAAGACCGUGAAAAAUAAAAAUGUGAAAAAUUAUGUGAAAUGGAUGAUGUAUUGGAUAGUUUUUGCUGCAUUUAUUUGUAUUGAAUGUUUAACUGAUAUAUUUCUUGAAUUUUGGUUUCCAUUUUAUUAUGAUAUUAAAUUGAUCGUACUCCUAUGGAUAUCUUGCCCAUUCACAAAAGGUUCAACAAUCAUAUACAAGCAAUUAGUGCAUCCAGCUUUAUUGAAAAAAGAAACCGAAAUUGAUGAAUUUCUGGUCAACGUUAAAUCACGAACCUACAAUGCUCUAGCUUCAACUGCCAAACAAACAUUUCAGAUGACUGCUGCAAUUGUAGUCCAACAUACAGCGGUUGGACGAUUGCCAAUAGUUCCAAUGGUCUUGCAACAAAUAGGUGAUUUAGAUAAUGAAAAUGUUUCACAACAGCCUACAACUGUUAUAAAAAGAGUGAAAAAAAAAAAUUCUAAAAUAGUAUUGGAAGAUUCUGUAUCGGAUUCAUCAUCUGAUUCAUUACCAAUAAAACCUGUUAUAUCUGUUGAAGAUGUGCCUAUUCAGAGACCAAAACGUAGUAAAAUUCAACAUCAACAAAAAUCUAGUAGAUUUAUUGGAACCCAAAUAAAGGACAAUAGAGUGCACAAUUAUUGCAAUAGGAUGUAUUAUGAUAAAAGUAAUGGUUUUUAAACGUACUUACAAGCACAACAACUUAAACACAUUUAUUAUCAAAUGUACAAUACUGCUAAUCUGUAAAUUCUAAAAUAUACGUUUAUAUAUACUAUACACAACAUAGGAACCGAUUGGUGCAAUUGACGUACAACAUUAUAUUACAUUCAAAUAUCGAUCGGCGCAGUUGAUGUAUACCUUUAUUCCUACCUCAUAAUUUUUAUUUUUUUACCUGCGAUUUUCCGCGCAAUUGAUACAUGCCCGAAUUUUUGUUAAAUUUACUAAAAUUAUACAAUAUACAUAUAUGUAUUCUUUUACAUUUUGAUUUUG